GGGAUUAGAAAACUUCACUUUGCAGUAUUCAAUCAGAAUUUUUUUGGGCAAAUGAAACAGAGUUGAGCAUCAAAUACAUAAAUAUAUAACACAUUAGAAUUAUAAAGAUACAAGCUUUCAGCUAGCUAUUGUGUGAGGGACACUUCAGCAAUUGAAGGGCAUGGAAUUCCUUAUCAAAAUUGGCCAUGGGAAAAUAGAGUAGGAAGAUAAAAAGGAGUUAACUUACACAAGAUGAGGUGAGCAAGAAAUCUUGAGUUUGGGGACUUUAAAGGAAGAUGAAAACAAUCUUGGGGUCCCUGACAUGGAAACUUCUUCUAUUCCUCUCAUCUUUGAACUUCUUUUAGAUCCCUGAUGAGUAAGGUUGGAGCGUACUUCCACCUAACAAUGCUUCUUUUCAGGGAAAUCCAGGGUGCUCAAAUCCACUCAGUGACAUGUAAAAUUGACUUCUUUGUGGUUGUCUAAUUGUUCUAGGACGUUCUGUACUGUUAUCGACUACAUAGAAAUGCCACAAAAUGUUAUUGAUGUUAAGAUGUUAUAAUAUGAUUGGUCUCACAAAAUGUUAUUCAUAAGCUAUAUAGUUUUUAUGCGUGCUUAAUGAUACUAUGAUUUUUAUUACUUAACUGUAGGGUGCAAGCUGAUACAUAUGGUCAAGCUGCAACCAAUCUAGUCAUGGAUAGUACUCUCGAGCAAAUGAUUCAAUAAAUGAUAGAUAUGGGCGAUGGUAGCUGGGACCAAGAGACAGUCAUGUGCACACUUCAUGCAGCUUACAACAAUCUAGAGAGAGCUGUGGAAUAUUUGUAUUCUGGUAUUCCGGCAGCAGCAGAAGUUGUUGUUCCAGUAGCUCGAGUUCCCUCGAAUCAGGCAUCAGCCCAAGGGGACAAUGCCACAAAAACUGAAGUUGAUUUAGCAGGGGUGGCACCUCUCUCUGGAUUACCCAAUUUGGCUCCAUUGAAUCUGUUUCCGCAGUUCAAGUUCUGAUCCUUGUUUGUUCUUAAUGAAUGCUUCAUCCAUUCACUUAUAUGAUUUUUGCUAGACCAUGUGCACCACCUGAGAGCUCUACAUGCUGCUUCUUCUUUUUAGAUUUCAGUUUGAAUUUGU